AUGGCAUUCGACAAAAGCGAUCUCAAUAACACGACAUCCAAUGGUAAUCUUGCGUUCAGAACUCCCAGUUUGCGUGGGUGUAAACCAUCACCGAAACUAACAUCCAAGCAACGUAACACUGUGCGCAUUAUCGCUCAGUAUCUUCGAGAUUUGGGAUUGAAAGAAUCGCUGGAUGUCCUCACAGAAGAAAGUGGAUGCAAAGUCGAAAAUGCAAAUGCACGUCAACUGCGAGAAGCUAUUUAUCAAGGAAAGUGGGAUGAGGCUACUGCAGUUCUGGACAAGUGUUACGCGAACCUCAAGCCGCUACAACUACAGGCUGCAAGGCUAAUCAUACUAGAGGAAAAGUUCUAUGAUCUACUGUAUUCUGAAAAUAUAUCUAUGGCUCUACGGUUGCUUCGUGAGGAAUUCCCAAAUACGGCUGCGGUGCGGGAAAAACGAUCUAGCAUGAUUCGAAUGCUUUUUAUGGACAAAAAACAGUUAGCGCAAGUUCCAGAAACAACGCGUUAUAGAACGAAAAGUGAUCGUCGGAAGCUCGUUGUGAAAGUACAACAAGUUUUACCAGCUACAUUCAUACUUCCACCUGCUCGACUUGAGCAGUUACUCAAUCAAGCCCAUGCAACGCAAGUGUCCAGGUGCAGGGUUCACAUGAGCCGGGAGUCAUCGGAAGGUCUAGAAGCCGCAGAUGUGUUUGUGGACCAUAGCUGUCAAAAGCACUCUACCCGUUUCUAUGCCAAUACUCAGGUAAUUUGUGGUGGCGAGAAAGUGGAGUUGUUACACCUUCUCUCGGGCUACGAUAAUGCUGAUGUUGUGUCGUGUAUAAGCUGGAGUGGUGAUAGCAACCUGCUUGCCGUCGCUUGCUCAGAACAGGCUCCGUUUGAUAUAAUGGUAUUCGCUGCAAAGGAAGGGCGUAUGCUGCGUACAAUAAAUAAUUUGCCGAAUUCACUCUUCACCACGUGUGCCUUUUUCAAUGCACCAAAUUAUUUCCUUAUUGUUGGUGAUGAAAGGGGCCAUCUUCAAAUAUGUGAUGUUAAACAGUCGUCUGAGGGGCAUGUGCUCGGAUUGUGGGAAGGCUAUAGAAUCCGUGGUGUUUAUGGAAUGAGCGACAGCGUCACAGUUCUCGCCUCUGACACACACCAUAGGCUGCGAAAGUAUCGAUUCGAUAAUCGUACAGAUGAGACCGUUUUCACGGAAGAAGUACCUAUCAUAUCUUUCCGAGUGCACCCGACUGAGCGGUAUGUUCUCACCACGACGCAGCGUAAUCUUCGGAUGUGGGAUUUGCAGUCAAAGACGCUUGUAAGAAAUUUUUAUGGAGCUCAACAGGCAAAUCUCGUUAUUCACGCUGGAUUCGGAGGACUAGGUCACGGAUAUGUUGCUACAGGGACUGAAGAUCACAAGGUGAUGAUAUGGAGGAUCUCUAAUAGCAAACACGCACUCAAGUUGCGAGGUCACAAGCGUGUUGUUAAUGGAGUUUCGUGGAAUCCAAAAUAUCCCAACAUGCUGGCAAGUUGCUCACAGGAUGCUACUGUACGUAUAUGGAUGAUUGCACGAAAUGACUUGCUUCUGGAGCCACCUUCAAGGCAUCGUAAAGGCAAAAGAAAAACGAGUAAGCAACCGAAAGAUCGAAAAGACAGAGUUGAAGCUGGCGGAUGA